AUGGCUUCUUUCGGGAUGGAGUCUUCCAUGGCGUCACUUCCGCCCGUCGAUCAAGACCACAUUGAGGUUCCUAUCAUUGAUGACAAUGAGCCCCUCAUCGAGGUCGUACGCAAACUUCAAAACUAUAUGAUACAAGCGGUCUCCGAGGUCUCAUAUUCUUUUGAGGAAUUAAGAUUCUCACCUUGCGGACAGAAGCUUAGGUUACUGCUGUACUCAUUGGCAGAGAACUCGCACAACCCAUGUAUCAUCUCUGCACUGAUGAUCCUGAAGUGGGAGUUCAACAAUGCAGCCGAAAAUGACUGGGGUCUGAAUGAAGGCCGCGGCUAUGCAUGCGAAUACGUAGCAUGGCAGUUUCUCUGUCACAUCAAUCAGCGCGAGACUAUCGAGUACUUGCUAGAGGAGCUACCUAGCCCCGUGUAUACCUCGAUUAGCCUUACCCAGGCAGAGAGAGGCGCAUCGGGUUUCGCAGCGGCAGGCGACGAGCAAAGUUUCCAACGGGAAGGAGAACGAACACCCCUCCUUCUGCAUUCAUCUUCUUCGCUGUACCGAUUCUUCGGCGGCAAGAGGCGCGCAGGUAGCACCUCGGAUAUAGCAAAUUCUGGAAGUAACAUUUCCUCUGCGGACGCGUAUGAGCUUAUGAAGUACUCCAUGUUCUUUGGACUGAGCGCCUUGGAAAUAGCAGCCAUCGCAGAAGCAAAGAAGUUCCUCAGUCAGAAAGUUGUUCAAAAGGUCAUUGAUAAUAUCUGGAACGGGGAGAUUGUGUUCUGGGACUCGCUCAGUGUUCAUUCCACCAAGAAACCUCAGUUCUUCAACAAAAGGACCGCGGAUCCAUACUCCCGCUUGAGGGUCCCAGUAUACCGCAAAGCCUUUGAGGCUGCAUUCUUCGUCUCCUUCCUGUUUCUUUACUAUGCUGUCUUGGUGGAGAGAAAGUCCACCGGAAUUGGCAUCUUCGAAACAUUGAUGUACAUUUGGAUUGCUGCUUUUGCCUACGACGAAUUCAGCGGCAUGACUGAUGCGGGGAUGGUCUUCUACCAGAUGGACUUCUGGAGUGUCUGGAACAUAGCCAUCAUCGGUACCGGUCUUGCCUUCAUGAUCAUAAGGGUUAUCGGUCUGGCGAAGAAGAGCGAUUACAUCACCGACCUCUCUUUCGAUAUCCUGUCCCUGGAGGCUUUGUUUCUAGUUCCUCGGAUCUGCUCCCUGGUGAGCUUAAAUUCCUAUUUUGGAAGUCUGAUCCCGGUUCUCAAGGAGAUGACCAAAGCGUUCUUCCGAUUUAUCCCUGUGAUUGUAGUGUUGUACCUAGGGUUCUUGACCACGUUUACCAUGCUUGCCCGUGACCGCCUCUCUCUCAGGCAAAUGUCAUGGAUUUUGGUGAAGGUGUUCUUUGGGUCGAACGUGCUGGGCUUCGACAUCGCUCACGAUAUUUCCCCGAUCUUCGGCUACGGUUUGAUGUGUGUUGUUCCCGUUCCCUUUUACUGCUGUUGCUGUACUACACCUACUCCGUACUGCGCCACAGAUGCCAUGGGACGUGCCGGUCGCAUACGCCUGUGA